AUGGAACCUUCAGGGGCAUUAUUGAUUCAACAAAGGGAGGAUAGAGGCUUACGGGGGGAUAAUAGUAUUUCCAGACUUGUGCAGACUCUGAAUUGUGCUAUCGUUAGUGAUGUACACUCAUCUCAUAUGUUUGGCCCGGCUUUACCAGAUAUCAAGUGCAAUGAGGAGCAAGAGGAUGAUUAUUGUGGUUGCACUGGCAUUGACAAUGAAGGGGAUGUGAUUAUUGAUUUGCUAAGGGUGGAGCAUGCUAAAGAAAAGAAGAAGAAGAAGAAGUGGAAUAGAAGGAAGACUCAGUCAACCAAGGAGGAGGUAGAUAAUCCAGCAUCAAAAAGUGAUGAAUUUCCAAAGCAAGAAACCUCCUUGACAGCUGAAGGUUCCCCAUGUACGUUUGAAGCUUUAUGUGAUGACAGCCGAAAAGAUACAACCUGCUCAAAGGAAGAGACUGAAGGAGCCAGCACCAACAGUCUUACCAAGAAUUCUGAGGAAGGUUUUGCCUCUAGAUAUUUAUCUGAAUGUAAUUCUUGUAAGACCAUGGACAUUAAGUCUUUCUGCAAAGGUUGUGGCAGAGGAAGUACCAAAUCUGGCUGCCAGUGUUGUAAUGUCGACAACGUCGACGAUAUGGUAAAAUCUGAUGCUGUAAACUAUGGUUAUCACCACCAAAUCUGGAGGGGAGAGGAAAAUAGUCCAUUGAACUGGCAGAGGAGUCGGAGAAAUUUCAGGGAGGGAAAAUUGCAUUCGGUAAGCAGAUUGGAUUGUGCUAAUGUGAAGGAACAUAUGAGCUUGCGAGAGACAAAUUUCCGUGCACAACAAAACUCAUUUGCUGGUAAAGUGUUGCUACCCACACCCAUGGUUUCUUCUGCUGGACACAGCAAUGCUGCCUGUGUAAGUAACAGGAUGGCAAAUACAGAGAGAAAAAUGCACAGGGGAUUCCCUAGUAAAGUAUUUUCUCGACAUGACUGGGUCCCUAGGCAUAGGUUAAACAGGAAUCAUUCUCAAUACUUUUCACUGUCAAAUCGAGCCCUUGAAAUUGAGUGUGACAAAUCAAUAUUGCUUUCUCAGUGUCCAUUUGUCUUUGAGAGAAACCGCAACAGAGAAAUAGGAUGGGGAGGUUAUGGUCAAACUUUCUCUAGGCCUAUUUUCACUCAUGGUUCAUACUGCUUAAAUCCAUCUACAGCUGCUUCUGAUCAUGUGCAGCAAAGAUUUACUAGGUGGAUUCCUAGGAUGAACCAUGUAACAGAUAGGUAUUCCGAUACUUCUGUAGACGGUAAACUACAUUCCAGAUUGAAAUAUUACAAUGAAUAUAGAGGAAGGCGUGUUAUUCCUAGUAGAGCAAAAACUAUGUGGGUUCCUGUUUGUACCAAGGAUUCUGUGAUGCCACAGAACACUUAUUCUGCUAGUGUCUGCGAUUCUUAUGAUAUCCCCCAAUUUUCAUGCAAUGUGCUCACUGAUAGCCUUUCAAAUGGAGAUGUGGUUCCUUUAGGCGUUUCUAAUUCUUUAAGUGAUUCUAAAAGCUUAAGCUUGAAGUCUAGUCACAGAAAAACCUCAGUUGAAGGUGAAGCCCCAAAAUCUGAAGAGUUUUCUGCUGGUCAGAAAGUUGUAAGUGCUAAGGAAGAUAUGGCAUGUACUGAAAAAUCAAGAGAUGUUGCUCAGUGCCUUGGGUCACAAUUGAGAACAGAAGAAUCAAAUGCAGCUCGAAAACUGCAACUAGAAUAUUAUAGUACAUUGGGCCAUCCAAUAGCUGAGUUUGAAAGAUUCCUUCAUUCUGCUGCUCCUGUUAUUACUUCCUCUUGUAUCUAUGAAAAUCAGCUGUUAAAUAGUUCUCUUUGUCAGACCCAGAAACCAACUACAUCACUUCAGGCUGUUUGGCAGUGGUAUGAGAUGCCUGGGAAUUAUGGAUUAGAAAUCAAGGCAAGAGAUUCUCAAAAUAUAAAUGGUUUGCUUGCCGAAUCGACAUCGUUUUGUGCGUAUUUUGUUCCUUCCCUUUCAGCUGUUCAAUUGUUUGGUUAUCCACAUCUCUCAUAUGCUUGUGGGGAGAAUCUGCACACCAACCCUGAACUCAUAUUUGAAUUUUUUGAAUCUGAGAUGCCACAUCUUCGAAAGCCUCUUCAUUUAAAGACGAAUGCUGGUUUGAUCUCAGAACACCUGUUGAAUCUUCUUCAAAAGAAACCACAUCUUUUAGCACUACUGAAAUUCUCAAAGAAAGAUGCAGAACACUGGAGGGAAAGGCCUUACAGCUCUCUAGAGGUAGUGUUACUGAAGAUAAAGUCAAUGGACUUUAUAAUCAUCCAGAUUGCAUGUUCUUUGCUUCUCGGAAGUGCUAGGUUGCGCUUUCCUGCAUCACAUCUUACAUUGGACUGA